GAGUAGUGUUAAUGAGCAGAGAGGAGAGACAGGUGUGCAUCUCUGUAGCUAGUGCGGUUUAAACCGGCUCUGAACGCGAACACAGCCACUCAUAACCUUUAGCCUUGACUCUUAUUAGUAACUACAGAACAACGUGUUGUGUUCAGGAUGUUCGUGUGGGUUUGUAUUAUUGUUUGUGCGUCAGUCAGUCGCUUUAUAGCCGGCGGACAGGUGAUGGUCGGUCGGCCACGUGGAGUCCCGGUAAACAGCACCGGUGUUUUAACCGCAGCCCGGUUCGCUGUGGGAGAGUUCAACAAAGCCAACGCAGACGACCGGUUUGCUUACAAAAUUGUGAACAUAACAUCGGCCGAAAUGCAGGUGGUCUCAGGAAUAAACUACAUACUGGACAUGCAGCUGGGACGCACAAUGUGCAGGAAAAACGACACCGCUGACAGUGAACCAUGUGCUUUCAGCUCUGAACACAAGGAACUUCAGUGCCACUUCAUCAUUACAGAAGUCCCUUGGGAACAUACACGUGUACUUACUCAAAAGAAGUGUCACCCAUAGUGUCACCUAUAAUCAUUGUGACUAAUAUUGUUCUGAUUGCUGCUGGUGGUGGUGUUGCCAAGUAAACCGUUAUCCCUGAACUGUUUUAGUGUGUGUUUCAUAAAUGGAGCUUAUUACUA